CACCAACUCGAUCACGAUCAAUGACAGGGAAACCAGUUCCUGCCUGGGUUAUUUCACCGCAGGAUAAGGUGGAGGUCCACAAGCGCCAGAAUGUGUGGGCACGAGAAAAUUGCCGUAGUGUGUUGGAUGCAUUUUUACAUUGCCAAACAGGCCGCACGCUCACUAUAGGAUGGGUAUGCAAAGAUCAGAAGAAAGAUAUGGUAGAUUGCAUGGUCUAUUAUAUGCAGCCCGCGUUUCAAGAUCGGUUCAUGGACGAGAUUAUCGAGGAAAAAAAGGCGUUAAAGAAAGCUUCUUCUUCGUGAUCUACAAGAUUACGGGCAGCCAUCUGACUAGGUUGAAAUGAAAAGAUGGAAAUUAAUUGUACAUAUACAGCAAAUAGACAAAUAAUAUACACAACGCUUAGGA